AUGCUGCAUCAAGCAUUGGAACUCGUCGUGUAUUUCAUCGAACUGGAGGUCGUAAUUCGCGAAUUUCGCGUCACCGAAGAGAUUCGACGCUAG